AAAUAAAAUGAAUAGUUUAAAAUGUAAUAAUUUGUAUACGAAUUAUGAAAGUGAAAAACAGGAUUAUUUAAGGAAUUGCAAUACGAUGGAAGAGUUUCAUGAAAAUAAUCGUAGCAAUAAUGAUAAUUCGAAUCAUUUCAAACCACAAAGAAAUCAAGCAAAUGCUAGGGAACGAGAUCGAACACACAGCGUGAAUAGUGCGUUUACUGCAUUACGAACAUUAAUACCUACAGAGCCAAAAGAUAGAAAAUUAUCAAAAAUAGAAACUUUGCGCUUAGCAUGCAGUUACAUAGCUCAUCUUGGUACUCAAUUACUAUCAGGUCCAGUAGAACAGCCAUGUGUUUCAUCCGGUGCAUCAUCAACAGCUUCAUACAUUAUGGACGCAGAUGGUACAAAUAGACCACAACUUUGCACAUUUUGUUUGCAAACACACAAAAAAUAUAGGAAAGAAAUCGAAAAUAUUAAAACACAACAAUAUACCAACGAAGAUUUCGAAAAUUACUCCAUAUUCUAUCAAACGUCAGUAUCGCCUCCUAAUAGUAUCAAAUCAAUUGAUUUCCAAGAAAAUUUAGAAAAAUAUACUAAUUAAGAAGGUUACAUCUUUUAAAAAUGUAUAAAUUAAUAGGAAUUGGCACGGCCAAUUCCUUGGACAACAAUUCCUGGGGAAAGUCUUUAGCAGACCUGGUUCGCGAAAAUAUGCUAAGCAAUACCAUAAAUGCAGCCAAGGAGGAACAGUUGCUUAACCCUCGAAAGACUCGACUUUUAAUCAAGUGCCAGAUUUUUAUUAACCGAUUUUAUAUG